AUGGAUCGGAUCAUCUACAUCAUCAUAGGAGUAGUAGCAGCGUCUGGAUUUAUCUUCGUCAUGACCAUCAUCUUCAUGGCAUACUGCAGGAGGAGGCUUAGGAAGAAUAAAGCUCAAGUGGAUCAUGCAAGUAAAGAAGCCAUCCCUGUUGAGAUCAUCCCCCAAGUUAUGUCUCUAAAGGACGCCCUCAACAAGGGAAAGAAGACAGGUGACGAACCCGACGGCUCCCCUCAUAGCUCGGGGUCACGACCUCGCUACGCCAUGCCGCAUGAGUUCGUCAAUCGGAAGCGUGAUUCGUGGGAGGAUCCGCAGUACAGACGCAGGCAGUCUAACGAGUAUAUGGAGCCUCAUCAGUUUGACAGGCGUCCUCCUCCUCCUUGGGAAGACGACUACGACAACCGUCGCGAACCUUACAAUGACGACGACCCGUACGCUAGGCACGACAAUCAGUACUCCAAAUUUGACGACGCUAAACCUGAACCCAUCUACCACGAUCGCAGUAUCCGCAGCCAGCGUAGUCGUCAUAGCGAUCACGAGGAUUACGUGGAUCCGCGGGACUUCUGCGACCCGCCUUACACGCGCUAUAAACCGGAGGGAAACGGAGAGUACCGCGACCGUGAUGAUCCGUACGGUUACGAGCAUGAUUCCGAUAAGGAUUCAGAAGUUUCGUACGAUUCUAAAGAUAGACUGGCUACCAAUGUAUGA